GAAAAGCUUUCACCGUGUUCUUUCUCUCUAUAAAUCAACAUGACCAGGCCUCUAAUCUUACCAUAGACAAACCAUCAAACUUGCAAUACGAGGAGGAUUGAGCUUUGUUAAUUCAUGUCAGACUUGAAUAUUCAUGUCCCUACCUCCUUUGACCCAUUCAAGGAGACAGAGAUUGAAGGUGGAGCAGCAGGAGUCAAAGACUAUGUUCAUAUUAGGAUUCAGCAGCGUAGUGGUAGAAAGAGCUUGACCACUGUGCAGGGCCUUCGCCAAGAUUGCAAUUAUAAUAAGAUUCUUAAGGAUUUGAAGAAAGAUUUCUGCUGCAAUGGAACAGUUGUGCAGGAUGUGGAGAUGGGUAAAGUUAUUCAGCUUCAAGGGGACCAGAGGAAGAAUGUUUCCCACUUCUUAAUUAAUGCUGGGCUGGUGAAGAAAGAGAACAUCAAGAUCCAUGGCUUCUAAGGUUUGAAGAGUCCAGUCUACCACAUGAGUUAUAAGUUCUUACUAUAAUGUGUGUUUGCUUACUAUUGAAAAAAGACAGUGAAAAUAUAUGUAAAUUCUUUCAGCUGGGGAUGGCAGCUUGUUUAGUUUUGAUGAAUAUGAAUAUGAUGCAGAUAGCAUCGUAAUAAAGGGUUAUCUGGAUUUCCAAGAUAUUUAUGCUAUUUGAAUGUUAUCUUCUUGAAAAAAAGAGGAAAAGAAACUGAAAUAAUAUAAGAAAGAAUAUACCAUAUCUUAUAUCAA